UCCACCCACAGCGCCGGCGCGUUUAACUUUGGGACGCCCUCCCAGCCGGCCGCCAGUACCCCCUCGACCAGUCUGUUCACACUCAGCACCCAGGCACCCGCCACCCAGACCCCCGGCUUCAGUUUCGGAGCCACUAUGACGCCGGCUUCUGGAACGACAGGUUUUUCCUUAGGCAUGAACCCCCCAAAGUUAAACCUGGGCACCCCCUCAGCCCCGCAGGCCACGGGCAACCCCAGCGCCUUUGGACUGGGCGGCAGCACCCUUGGAAACGCCAUGGCUAGCGCCAGCACCUCAAGCCAACCAGCACCUGGGGGCUUCGUGUUUGGCUCCACAGCCACCGCCACCCCUGCGCCCACCACCACCACCUCUUCUGGGGGCUUCUCGCUCGGAGGCGGGGGCACAGCUCCGGCCGUGGCCCCCAGCUUCAGCCUGGGCUCCCUGGGUGGCUCAGUGGCACAGCCCUCGGCCCUCGCUGGGUUAUCUUUCUUGCCAGCCGCGUCUGCGGCCUCCGCCACUACAACCACCCAGCCAGCCGCAUCAGCGCCCACGGCCACCGCCACCACCAGUACCAUUGGGCCCUCCCUCUUCGCCUCCAUCGUCACUGGGCCGGCCUCAUCCACUGUCCCCAGCCUCUCACUGUGCCCUCCCACCACCGCAGCCACGGCCCCCAGCACCGGGCCUCUGGGCUUCACCUUAAAGGGCCCUGGGACGACUUCUAGCACUGCCACGGUGGCGUCCACGGCGGCUGCUACCACCACCACCACCACUGCAGCCACCACCUUCUCCCCGAACCUGAAACCUCUGGCUCCCGUCGGGCUGACAAGUGUGAUACCCAGCACUGGGACUGCUCUGCCCAGCACUACUGCCCCCACAGCUCCUUCCGGCGCCACUGCCAGCCCAGUGCUGACCUAUGCGCAGCUGGAGAGCCUGAUCAACAAGUGGAGCCUGGAGCUGGAGGACCAGGAGCGCCACUUCCUGCAGCAGGCCACGCAGGUCAAUGCCUGGGAUCGCACGCUGAUGGAGAAUGGCGAGAAGAUCACCACCCUGCACCGUGAGGUGGAGAAGGUGAAGCUGGACCAGCGGCGGCUGGACCAGGAGCUGGACUUCAUCCUGUCGCAGCAGAAGGAGCUGGAGGACUUGCUGGGGCCCCUGGAGGAGGCGGCCAAGGAGCAGAGCGGCACUGUCUACCUGCAGCACGCCGACGAGGAGCGAGAGAAGACCUACAAGCUGGCCGAGAACAUUGACGCGCAGCUCAAGCGCAUGGCGCAGGACCUCAAGGACAUCAUCGAGCACCUGAACACGGCCGGCGGCCCGGACUCCCCCCAAGAGCCGAAGCUUGUUCCUCCUGCCCGUGAAGAUGUCACAGAAGGCAGUCUGGGCCACUCCACGUGA